AUGAGUGUGACCAAACUUCGUGAAGCCCUCUCGAGAGGGGAGGUCCCGUCCGGUUGCGUCACUUGGUGUACUGAAGUUCAGAUUGCCGAACUUCGCAACCUUGCUCAGGUGCAUCAAAUCACCAAGGCCUACGCCUUGGUGUGUUUGAUCAACAAGGGUCAGUCUGAACCGCCAAUUGGAAACGCCUCCAGGCAUCUGCUGCCUGCAACUGAUGCGGUCGCUUGCCCGGAUGUUGCGACAACCAGAACUGAAGUCACAAACGCUGCUGAUACAGCGGUCGUGGCACGGAAAAAGCACAAACCCGAAACCCCUCUGCCUUACGAGGUAGUUGACUGUGGAGGUGCUGGAAACUGUGGCUGGAACUGUAUUGCCACGGCCAUGAUGCUCAAUAAGAAUGUCCCUCUUGCGGAAGCCAGAGAACAGGUUGCGGCUGCCACCAAAACCUUGCGGGCUGACGUGUCUACACACCUCCAUAGGCAUGCGAAAGAAUAUGAGCCACUUUGGGCUGUAAAUGAUCAAGAAACUGAGGACACGGCAGGUGGUCCGAUCCCGGAAAAUUUUCCGGAAUGGGCCGAGACGGUGAAACGGGAUGGACAGUGGCUUUGUGGAAUGACUCUGGAAGCCAUUACUCGCCGAUGCGGGAUCCGCAUUGUGGUGGUGGAAGAACGGGCGGAUGGCUCGGCUGUUCCAUAUGUUUUUGGUCCAAACAAGAAACGCGAGUUUCCUGUGGUGCUCUACCUGAAAGACCAGCAUUUUCAGUUGGUCAGGAAACGGGAUGGACAUGUUUUUCCUGUCGAAUGGGAGAAAUCGAGUAACACCAAUGAUGCAUCCAGACUUCAUUUGAAAGGAGCGGGGAAAUGGUGGGCAGAUUCCACGCCGUCGGAAAAAGGCUCAGAGAAAAAAAAGGUGAACCGGAGUAGUACUCCCGCUGAACAUGAGGACAGCGGCAGUGCCAGGUCUGUCACAGCACUCCCGCCUAGGCCUUCGGAAGUGGGUGGCCAGGUCUCAGAUGCCUUGUUUGGUCCGGGAAACAUCCCUAAAGCUGGUCCCUGCCCCAAGUCAAGCAACGCCAGCCAGUUUCCGGCCCAAGCAGAAAGGAUCCGGCAGUGGCGGAAGUUGCAGCAGCUCAAAAAAGUGGUUGCGAAACAGCAGAGAAAACUGAGGUACAAGGGAGCCAUGACCAAUGGCAAGGAAAACGCGGCCCACGCGAACAGGUGCCGUUGGGAGCAGAAAAGACAAAAACUUGUGUUAUCUCAGGAGCCCAAGGGGACUGCUCAGACCAAAAGAGGUUACCGGGGACAGCGGAUCGGUGAGGACCGCGUCUCCGGACGCCGAUACGAGGUGCAGUUUCUUGCCUCCGGGCGUGGUUACCGCGGCCAGCGGAUCGGAGAGGCCAGUCACCCGGGUCCUCAGGCACCUUCUUGUGCCCCCGAUGAGCGCCUUGGUUUGGGUACGGAUGAGUUUGGGCCUGCCUCUGGGCAGCGUAUGCAGGUGAAAAGUGAUGAAAAUGAUUUUGAGGAGUGUGCUUCGCAACCUGCCUCCGGGCAGCGCUCAAUUCCUUUGAAAAUUUGGAGUACGAAUGUUAGCUCUUGGAAUAAGCACGGUGAAGCGCUUCUUGAUUUUGCAGAUAGAGAAGAGGUUUUGGUUGUACGUGCCCAGGAAGCUAAUUUGGCAUCAGACGAAAUCGGCACUGCGAUGUGGAAUGCUAGGCGUCAAGGAUGGCAGACCCUUUUUGUCCCUCCAUUUGGAAAUAAUCGUGGCGGUCUGGCGGUUGCCGUCAAGGAACCUUUGGCAGUUAGUCAAGUGAACUCCCUGUCCACCAAUGAUGGUCAAAACCUGCAGGUUGAAGUUCAUGGUUUGCAGCGCCCUUUUAGGCAUAGAAAAAUUCAUGGUGUUGGUCCUUCACCUGACGCGGCUUCUGCCAUUUGGCAAUCGGUGGCCAGCCCCUUGAGUGUCUGGCAGCAAGCUUUGGUGAGCUCCGCUGAGGAUUUAUGGGCUGUUUGGACUCAGGAUUUUGAAGCUUUCUUAGCACAGACUGGCCAGAUCAGACCAACCGGCCGCCGGUGUCUGAUCGGGGCCGUGCCUUCUUUGGUUUCUGCAGGUCACCACUUAGCACCUGGUCAGUGUCAUAAGGAACGGGAGCUGCGGAGAUGCAUUCGACGUGCCAGGGAAGCCUUGUUUUUGUCCCGCAAAGGGGCCACGAUCCCGACUGGGCUCGUGACAAAUUUGCGGAAAAGUGUUCCAUCUAGGAACCGGGGCUUGGUUGACGGCAAACGGUGGGGAUCCCUCGAAGCUGAUUUGUGUGGGCAGCUGGAUGAAUUUCAUUUUGCUAAAACCAAACUCAAAAAGGAUGCGUGGAAAGCCGACAUGCAGGACCUUUCCAAAGCAUCUGCUUGGGUUAAACAGUCUCAGCCUCCUCCCUUCUUGCUGCAAAAAGAGGACGGUACAGUCGUCGCAGGUCAGGCCGCGGGCCUUCAAGCCUUGUUUCCCUUUUGGGCCAAAGUUUUCGGCAGGGAGGAUGAGUUGCCGGAGAUGAGACCUGAGGCAACUUGGCAACCUCUUUGCGCGUCUGAACUCAGGCGUGCUGCAGCCACCAUGGUCAACAAAGCGGAGGGGCCGGACGGUGUGUCCGCCCAAGCUUUGUUGUCGCUGCCUCCGGCGGCUUGGGACCGUUUUGCACAACUUCUUUGUCGUUUUGAACAUUUAGGAGUCUGGCCGGAUGCGGUCCACCACUGGCGUGUGCAGUUCCUGCCAAAAAGCUCCUCGGCGGCAAUUGACAAGUUUCGUCCCAUCAGUGUUGGGAGCAUGGUUUACAGAAUUUGGGCAAAGUGCCGGGUCAAAGGGUGUGGACACCUGAUCGAAGCUCAUUUAGGGUCUCUGCAGGCCAACAGUAAGUGUGACUGUGAAGUCAUGCACUUAGCUUUGCAGGCUGAAUUUCCUGUUGAACAGUUCGGCUUGGGGCUGGCGCUAGAUUACCAAAAAGCUUUCGAUUCUAUUAACUGCUCCCUCGGGUUGGAAUUGCUUGCUAGGGGUGAUCCCUGGUCACCUCUGACGAUGAGUUUGGUGCUUUCAUGUCCCACCAAGCGGUGUGAAGUUCGACACCCCCUGGUCGGGUGCGCUGUCUAUUUAGACGACCGGACCCUAGUAGGGGCCGACUGGACUAGCUUGCAAGCAGCAUACAAUGAGUGGGAAACACUCAGCACUGUCACGCGACUGCGUACUAAUCCGGCUAAGACCCAACUUUGGCCUCGUAAUGCCAACAUGGCCAGGUUUUUGGAAACAGCGGAUGUGAGUUUUCCUGUGACCUGCCAGGCGGAGGUUCUUGGGUAUGUGCUGGGAAAUGACCCUCACACGCACCCCAAGUGGACGGCAAGAGCUGCUCAGGAGAAAGCCAUGGCCACAAGGAUUGCCAUGCUACCAUGUCACCAGGAUUUCAAGCAACGGGUUGCGACAGCGUUGCUCGUCGGCAGUGCUUCUUGGGGUAAGAAUUUGUGUCAGAAUGGUUUAGAUGAAGCUCAGGAGGCCCACCUCAGAAAUUUUUGCUUUGCGGUUUUUGGAAACAGUGGUACCUGGGAGGAGAGACAAAGGGGGUGCCCAAAUGACAGAGCUUCUCCCAUUCUCAAACAGCUUUUAAUUUUGGGACACUGUUCCGAUUUGCGGUUUUUGCUCACAACCCGUUUCCUCAAUGCCUUGAGCCGCUGGCUGGCUUUCAGGCGUUUCCCUCAACACAGAUUGGCUGUGGUCAGGCCUCACUGGGCUGGCUUGGUACAGGCCGCCACAGAGCACUUGGCUGGUUGGGAUUUCCAACCUACGAUGUGGGGGGUUUGGAGCGAUAAUCAAGGAAACCGGUUUGAUUUGUCCAUGCCUAAGGUUGAACGUACUAAGGCGAUGCACUUCAUCCGACACGGAUGGAGAAAAUCAAUGCUUCGUAGGUGGUUGGCCACUCGGCGUAUUGAUGCUGAGGAGGCCAGAAGUGUGCGCCUCGGGGAUGCAAUUUCCUAUGAGUUGAUUGACAAGUUACGCAAAGUUUUCAAACGGGCGGUGAUUAAUCGCAUGGCCAGAGAACGGUCUGCCUCGGCCGGCAGGCUCACAGGUGGUGCGUCGUCCCGACAUACUGAGGUCUCGGAAACCAUGGACAUUGCCUUGUCCAACCGAAGCAUCUUAGGCUCAGGGAGCCAGUGGCGGGAGCGGCGGGUCUUUUCAGAUCCUUGGAGAACCUUGGGUAUGGCCGCUGCUUCAGAUGGCGAUGGCGGAACCAACACCGGAGUUGGCUCGCAGUUAGCCACACUGGUUCCGUCAUUCGAUCCGUCCACCGACAGCAUGCUGGAGUAUCAACAAAAGGUGGAAUUGGUGUUAAUGGCCUGGCCGAAGAAUCGAAUCACUGAGCUGACAACAAGAUUAAUCCUUAACUGCAAAGGAUCUGCAUUUUCGAAACUGCAAUUACAUCAAGUGGAACUCAUGGAGAACGAUGAAAAGGCCGUUAAACGGCUGAUCGAACUUCUGGGAGGUCACUGGGGUAGAAUUGCCUUGGAGAAACAGUACGAGGAGGCCGAGAUUGCAUUGUAUCAUCUAGCACAGAUGCAAGAUGAAUCCAACGACAGCUACUUAGCCAGAGCUGAUGUGGCUUGGAGCAAACUGCAAUCGAGGAAGCUUUCACUGGAUGAUUUACAGGCAUAUAUACUGCUGAGAGGUUCAGGUCUCAAUGCAGAGGACAAGAAAAGGGUGAUUUUGGAGUCAGACAACAGUCUGGAGGGUAAGCUCACUGUCAAACGUGUGAGCGAAGCUGUCCGGCUACUUGGUGCCACCUUCUUUCAUGACAUGACAGGAGCCAGGAAGACAGCCAAGACCAAGGUCUAUGGAACCACAACACUGAUGGCUGAGGAUGAGGACCAUGAGGGUGCCUUUGCCCAUAUGGAUGAUCAAGGAGAAGACGAAUACGUUGACUGCCUGGUGAACGAGGGCGAUGAGGACGCCACUUUAGUGGCAGAUUUCGAAGCUGCAGCAGUGGAGUUGUUGCAGGACGACCCGGAGCUAUCAUCAGCUUUCAGUGCUUAUACAGAAGCACGUCGCAGACUGUCAGAAAAGUUCAAGAACCGUGGGUUUUGGUCCACCUCAAGUAGAUCAGCGUCACAGACCUCAAAGGGUAAGUCAGGGUCUUCAAAGGGUUUUGGCAAGGGGAAGAACAACUGGUCACAGAAGCCUAGACGUAGUCUUCAGGACAGGAUCCUCAAUUCCUACUGUAGAAACUGCAAUAGAAAAGGUCACUGGAAGGCUGAGUGCCCGUUUCGCCAAAGUGGACAAGGGUCUUCGACAGCGACUGGAGGAUCCACCGGGUCAUCAAGCUUGCCCGCCACGACCGUGUCCAUAGAUCAGUCGUACCAAGAUGUUCUUCCACUGGAGUUUUUGCACCUGCCGGAAGUCUCCCAUGGAACCCUCGAUGAUGCUUUGCCGAUUUUACCUGGGGUUUCAGGAAUGAAAGCCGAGAACCUGCCAGAAUGCGCCUUGCAGCCACGCUGA